AUGUCGGCAUCCGAGUCCCCCGCAGAGAAGUGCUCCGCGGGACACGAUAUGAGCCUCCGGCCCAAGAAACGCGCCGCCAAGGAUGAGGAGGACAGCAAGGAGGAUGUCCAGGGUAGGAAGGCGGCGAAGGGCUCGUGCCACUGCUGUGGGGGCAUGCUGAAACGAAACCCCGAUUUCGCCAAGGUGUGCGGGACUUGCGGCGCCAGGUUCCACACCUACGACUGCGGCAACAGGCGCGGCGACGUGGGUUUCAGAGAUUACAGCAAUUGUCUUAGGGUGAGUCACAUCUCCGCUCGAAUCCGCCGUGGCUCCCGUCCGGGAACGGGCGCGCCCCACCAGCCGAUCCAAAAGAGAUGCCUUCUAAGAGAGGGCUGUUUUCAUUGGGUGACGCGUCGAAAAAAAUCCCCCGGUCUGCCAAUUCCUCCCCGCCCCCGCCGAGAAAAAAAAACUGGCACUCACCCAGCCCCCUUUCGCCCUCUCCGCUCCCCGAAACAGUGCUUCAAGAUGUGCGCGUGCGUCGACGGGCCGGUGGUUUGCCACGUCACGGCACUGCGCCAGUCCCGCCAGGCGAAACGCUCGCACGCGGGCUCCGUCUGCCUCGCCGGGCCCACGUCUGGGCCUUUCGGCGCGGAUCCCUCGUCUAAAUCCGGGUCUUUCGACCUGGACCCCGCGUCCGAGUCCGGGUCUUUCGACUUGGGAAAGGAAACGCCGUCGCUUCACGCCGUCGCCCCUCUUGGCAGCGACUACUUCGACGAACCCGACGAGGCGUUCGGGUGCGAGGAGGAUGACGCGUACGGCUUCGACGCGGGCUGCGUCCGACCUGCACCCGCCGACGAUGUUAAUCCCGUCCGGGUCGCCGCCGCGGUGUCGAAGAACCCGGCAACGACCCAGGGCGUCGCCGGCGCGGCGGGCGGGUUCGUGAAGUACGUGAGGCACGAGUGGCUCCCCGUGGAUCUAGGUGUGGAGAACGAGGCGCUCAGGCGCGAGGUGGAGGAGCUGCGGCGGGAGGAGGAAUACCUCCGGACGCAGCUUCGGUUGGCCAGGCGGGAGGCAAAGUCCAUGGUCCGGGCGAAGACUCUCAGCGAUAUCAGCGACAUGGUCAGGAAGGAGCGGGAGGGAGGCGACCGGCCAAAUAAUUUGUUGCCGGCAACCGUCGCCGAAAUCACGGACAAUGCGUGGACAACGGAAAUGACCAAGACGUACAAGGAGCAGGCGGACUGGGCAGGCCUGGUUAAAUCGUAG